AACACGGCAGAAGUAGAGACAGAGAGAGAGUAGAGAGGAACAUGUGAGUGUGUGAUGCUGUCAAUUGUGAUAGACUAAAGUAGUUUGUGAAGGAAUAGAAUAAAUUACAACUAUACGGCUUUUUACACGAAAUAUGUUAAUUUGCAAACAGGUCAUUAGUUCAUGUUUAAGUCACUGGAUGAGAAAACGCGCGGCAACCUAACACUUAUUUCAGCUGAUGUUAUUGGAUUGUACACAUUUACUUUAAAGCAAGCACUAUUAAAUGCGUUAUGUCAGAGUCCACGACCCCAGGAAAAAAGGGCAAUUUGACCGGAAGUGCCAGAAAACUAAAGGAUGACGCCGCAGAUUGGCAUAAUCUCAUCCAGAAAUGGGAACGAUUAAAUGACGAGGGAUCCACGAUUGCGACUAAAAUUGUUAAUCUGGGAAUGAGCAAAAAAUCAGAUACUGAGGCUGAUGUUGUGAUGGAAGGAGGCAGUGUGAAAGCUGGAGACAUAUCAGACAAUCUGAAACGGAGCAACCAAGAGCUGGAGGAAGAAUGUGGGAAGUUACAAGACGUUGUGGAUAAAAUGGCAAACAUACUGUCAAAGAUGGAGAAGAUGGUCCAAGCCGAGCGAGGGAUCUGUGAGUUAGAAGCGUUUCAGUGUGGAGAGAAAACAGCAGCUCCACUCUUCCACACGUGGUCCACACAACAGUUUGUUGAAGUAUCUUCCAAGCUUUACGAGUCAUACAAGCAGGAGUUGGUGCUGAAGAAGACUAUACUACAAGAAUUGGCCCACACUGCUAAUGCUGAUCUUUCCAUGGUCUACCUGUCCUCGUGGCUGUAUCAACCCUACAUUGAGGACAGUGGGAAACUGCUACUAGAGAGUUUGCUGUUGGAAACAGGUCACAGACCUUUGUGAUUCAGUCUCUGCAUGAGGACUAUGUAAACAAAUGAAAAGCAUAUCAUGACAUGUAUACAGCUUUGAUUGAAUCCGUUAAACCUUCACAUUUAUUUCUCAAAAAUAUCCUAUUCUUAUACUGUAUUACUUCCCUGUAAGCAGUCUGUACCAUACAAAGUCUUUACUCCAUAAACUCACUCACAAAUGUUUUAAUGUCA